AUGUCGAGGAGAAGAUUUGAUUGCCGAAGUGUUUCAGGCUUGCUAACUACAACUCCUCAAACACCAAUGAAAGUGGAAAACUUUAAUAAUUUUUAUACACUGACAUCUAAAGAGCUAGGAAGGGGAAAGUUCGCUGUGGUUAGACAGUGUAUAUCAAAAUCAACCGGCCAGGAGUAUGCUGCAAAGUUUCUAAAGAAGCGAAGGAGAGGCCAGGAUUGCCGCGCAGAGAUUCUGCACGAGAUUGCUGUGCUUGAAUUGGCCAGGUCCUGUCCCCAUGUGAUCAAUCUCCAUGAAGUCUAUGAAAACACAAGUGAAAUCAUUUUGGUAUUGGAAUAUGCUGCAGGUGGAGAAAUUUUCAACUUGUGUUUACCUGAGCUGGCAGAAAUGGUCUCGGAAAGUGACAUUAUCAGACUCAUCAAACAAAUACUUGAAGGAGUUUGUUAUCUGCAUCAGAAUAACAUUGUGCACCUUGAUUUAAAGCCACAGAAUAUAUUAUUGAGCAGCAUAUACCCUCUUGGGGACAUAAAAAUUGUAGAUUUUGGAAUGUCUCGAAAACUAGGAAAUGCGUGUGAACUCCGGGAAAUCAUGGGGACACCUGAAUACUUAGCUCCAGAAAUCCUGAAUUAUGAUCCUAUUACCACAGCUACAGAUAUGUGGAAUAUUGGCAUAAUAGCCUAUAUGUUAAUAACUCAUACAUCCCCAUUUGUGGGAGAAGAUAAUCAAGAAACAUACCUCAAUAUAUCUCAAGUUAACGUAGAUUAUUCAGAGGAAACUUUCUCAUCAGUUUCACAGCUGGCCACAGACUUUAUCCAGAGUCUUUUAGUAAAAAAUCCAGAGAAAAGACCAACAGCAGAGAUCUGCCUCACUCAUUCUUGGCUACAGCAAUGGGACUUUGGAAACUUACUCCUCCCUGAAGAAAUGUCCAGUCUCCCUCAAGGUCAGGAACACACGACCAGGUCCCCUGAAGACAAGACUUUGAAAUCCUCCUGCAAUGGCACCUGUGAGGAUCGAGAAGACAAAGAGAACAUCCCCGAGGAUAGCAGUGUGGUUUCCAAAAGAUUCCGCUUUGACGACUCGUUGCCCAACCCCCACGAACUGGUUCCAGAUGUGCUCUGCUAG